GUGGCCAUGUGGACUAUCAACUCUUUUUAUAAGAUUGCAGCGCACUCCAUACGCCCCCUGGCGGAAUUUAUCACUAUAAACAUUUUUAGGGUCAUAAAUUACUGUGGUGCUUUUCAGUCUUUCCUAGGUUCCCACAUACUGAAAAGUCGUCACAUGAUUUCUACAAAUUUGGCAGAUAUUGCUAACAAAUGCAGCUGCAAAUUUUGUUUAUAAAAUAUGCGGUUCAUUUUAGGUCUUCUCCAAGGUAAAGGGGUAAUUCGAAAUGACAAAUCCGUUUAUUAGGCCUUCCUUUGUGAUACAGUAAUAAUUCGAUUUAUUGUUUCAUCGUUAGCACAAUCGUUAUAGGUAAAAUUACCUAUAAACAAAAUUAAACCGGGGAGAUAUUGACCUACAUUAACACUGUAUACAUUAAGAUCACUCUUUUUCAUUAGAUAAAAAAAGCUAUAUAAUUUGUAAUUUUGAAAUAUAUCUAUCCGUCAUGAACGCAGUUUUUUCUAUCAGAAAAACUGACUCUAUGUUUAGUUCAACGAAAAUUGUCCUAUAUAGAUACCAUGCAGUGUAACGGGUUCCGGACAGCUAAGUACGUUGUAUCACACGCCUCCUAGCGGAGCUCAUGGUCGGAUUGAUUCCCAACGCCUCCGCCUAGCUCCUAGGGUCUUCCCUAAACGUUGUUUACAUUGUCAUCACAAUGAUCAGGAUUAUCAUCGUUCGUGCCGUUCGCAUUGUAAACUAUCCGGCGUUCCAAAUCGUCUGAUAUGUUCUUUCAGCCAGAGUUGGAUGGGUGACCGUCAAUGCGCCGAUAGAUAUGGCUCGCAACGCGGAAAAAGCCAUGACAACGUUGGCCCGUUGGCGAGCUGCACAACUCGGCGGUGAGAAAAACGAAGAACGCCGACCGUUUUUGGCGUCGUCGUGUUACGAUAUAAAGCAGGCGGAGAAAUGGCGCCGGCAAAUUAUCUCCGAGAUCUCGCGUAAAGUAGCUCAAAUUCAGAACGCUGGUCUCGGUGAACAUCGGAUACGUGACCUGAAUGAUGAAAUUAAUAAGCUUCUUCGGGAAAAGGGCCACUGGGAGGAUAGAAUAAAGGAACUUGGUGGUACAGAUUAUUCGAAAAUAGGUCCAAAAAUAUUAGAUACAGAAGGCAAAGAAGUGCCAGGAAAUCGAGGAUACAAAUACUUCGGUGCAGCCAAAGAUCUUCCAGGAGUUAGGGAAUUAUUUGAAUCGGAAGCACCACCGCCGCCGAGAAAAACCCGAGGCGAGUUGAUGAAGCAUAUCGAUCCGGAUUACUACGGCUAUCUUGACGAAGAUGACGGCAUCCUCAGACCGUUCGAAGACGAAGCGGAGCAGGCUGCCCAGGCCAAGAUUGAGAAAGAAGUUAAGGCAGCUCAAAUCAACGAAAAGGUUUUAGAACCGGAGAUUACAGAACUCAUGGAGACUGGCAGCGGGGCCACGUCUGAUCAGAACGGAAACGAUCGUGACAAAACGUCUAGUGAACCCAAAAGGUCGUACGUCGCUCACGUUGCAGUACCAUCACAGAAAGAAGUAGAAGCAGCAUUAGUGAUACGAAAAAAACAGAAACUACUUGAAAAAUACGUGAGCGCAGAUUUAGCAAAAGAGGAAUUCCAUGUCAAGACAAUGCUUGGUAUCGAAAAAAUUCCUGUAAAUAAGGACAAAAUUGGCUAAACGACCUAUUUUCCGGUUAAUGAAAUACGCUGAUACAAAGUGUAUGUAUCAUGAAUUGUACUAAAUUCGUAAUAUAGCAAGUAUGUAAAUAAAUUAGAUUUUUUUUGUAUAAAUAUGUGACAAUGUAUUUUUGAAAAUCACUUUAGGUUGUUUGCCCCUAUCUCGUAUCAGCGUUGGUUAUACCUAAUGACCGUUAAUAACUUGUAAAAUUAUUAAUUUUUAGCCCAUAUGCUCUGUUGUAUCAGAUUGGGAUACAUGGCGGAACCACAUCUGUUGGUAUCUCUAUAUCGUCUAUAUCAUAAUCGUUUUUAAUGUGUAAACAUUUGGGGAACACAAGCAGCGCCUACGAUGCUUUAUGCAUGGGAGUCGGUGUCGCGCUUGGAUUAUUUUUUAACCGAUUGUUCCAUACUAAUUCGAGACUGAAUCAACAUUUCAUGCAUCUUUGCAGUACACAAAAUGGGCACAAUACUUUAAAAAAUUGGACACAAAACGUGUAGAAUAUUUAGCUCUCUUUAAUUUUUUUUCUGUUUCCGAACUAAAUAGAAAGAAACUGCUCUAAAAAUACUGAAACAUU